UUGUAGGCUUCUUCUUGGUUUCCUGCAGAUUUCUCUAAGUGUGGAAAUGGAACCGAGCUGGAGUACGUUUCUUUUUCAACAUCAGGCCAAUGAAGCCCUCCACCAUCAACACCAGGUGGCUCAGAAUAGCCUGCUGCCACUUCUCAAUGCGGGAACUGAGCCAAUUGACCAGAAGCCCAUCCUACCUAUCCCCAUUGACCAGAAGCCUCCUGUCAGUGCUGCCGAUCUCCUCAAAGACAAUGUGGCCAGUGGAGGUGGAGCGCGGCAACCGUUGCCUGUGGUAAAGAAAGAGCACAAGGGAAAAACGCCCUUCAUCUGUGGCUACUGCAACAAGGCCUUCCGUGAUAGCUACCACCUGCGCCGCCAUGAAUCCUGCCACACGGGCAUCAAGAUGGUGUCACGGCCUAAGAAGACCCAGACAGCCCCGACCAUGGUGCCUCUCAUCUCUACCAUGGCACGAGAGAACAGUGGCAACCCGUCUUACAUCUCUACCGUCGCAGGUAUACUUACCACAGCCACCACUUCGGUCUCCUCGGGCUCAAGUGUCAUGACCCCGUCCACGAUGGGCAAUGUGCCGCAGCAGAACACUGUGAAGAAGCCCCCCAAACCUGUCAAGAAAAACCAUGGGUGCGAGAUGUGCGGCAAGGCCUUCCGCGACGUCUACCACUUGAACCGCCACAAGCUGUCCCAUUCAGACGAGAAGCCCUUUGAAUGCCCCAUUUGCCAGCAGCGCUUUAAAAGGAAGGACCGUAUGACCUACCAUGUUCGCUCACACGAUGGUGGUGUUCACAAGCCCUAUGUCUGCUCUGUGUGUGGGAAAGGCUUUUCCAGGCCAGAUCACCUGAGCUGCCACGUCAAGCACGUCCAUUCCUCAGAAAGACCGUUCAAAUGUCAAGUAACGGCCUGCACCUCUGCUUUUGCCACCAAAGACAGACUCCGCUCCCACAUGAUCCGGCAUGAGGGGAAGGUCACCUGUAGCAUCUGUGGAAAGAUGCUCAGCGCAGCUUAUAUCACCUCCCAUCUAAAGACUCAUGGACAGACAAACUUCAAUUCUUGUAACAAAAAUAACAACGAAGUCUGCAAUUCUGCCUCAGCCACACCUGUGACCGUUUCCACCCCCAACACUACGGCAAUGAACCGGGGCAACUCAAACAACAACCCAGUCACUAUUGCUGCGCAAAUGAACAUUACCACCAAUACAGUCAACAUCACAUCCCCUGUUAGCCUCCAGCACCCAGUCACCAUCACUGGGCCUGUCAACAUUGCCUCUGUCAACAUCCCUGCCACAGCUCCCAUGAAUAUUGCCCACCCAGUUGCAAUAACCACACCCAUGCCUAUGAAUAUAGCCGGGCCCCUCAACAUUGCCAUGAGGCCUAUGGAUAGCAUGCCUUUUCUGUCCCAAGUCUUGCCUUCUUCCCCACCCUGGUAAGAAAAAACAAGGAGAGCAAUAUGGGGAUAGAAAGAAAGGGAAAAUGAAGUGAUUCCUGUCCCCUUUACUCCUUUAUUUGCACCUGGAGCCCCCUCUCCACUCCCUCCCAAAAUUCUGUUUAUCCAUCAAACCAUGAAGUGAGCAUUUACAUGAGCUCCAAAUAGGAUAGAAAGCUCCCCGAGUCACGGCUGCAUCUCAGCUACUGUUCUAUCACUGAAAAUCACACGCAGAACACUUGUGUAGGAAUCAGGUAGGGUUUAUCUUGUUAUUUGAAGGACUGUAAAACCUAGAUGUAGUGACUUAUUCAGUGUUAAGACUGUCUGAAUCAGGACAGUUUGACUUUGAUAGGUGAAAGAAUACAACUCCUCAAGCACCCGUGAGGACUCCCAAGAAAAAAACACCUUCGCCUUUGUGAACAGGAAAAGAGAAUUUAAAAUGGACUUGAGCAAUAAUUUUAAAUUGCUAGUUUUGAUGAGCCUUUGGGGGUGUUUUUGUAUGUUUUUUUCCCAUAGCCUGCUAAUCACUAUUUAAUAUUAGCAGAAAAGUCUAGUAAAAGGGACAGUAGCUUCCAUUUGCAUGGAAGGGUAUUUUUUCACAUUACUAUAACUUUUUUUUUCCGAUGCAAAGUAUGCUCUUAAGGUACAGUGACUAACUUGUAUAGUUGUCACGUUGGUGUGUUUUCACAACAGCAUUUUAAUUUGUGCUUUUGUCUUUUAAGUGGAUAUCUGGACUCGGUCCUCGAUCUUCAAAUAUUUGUACUUUUUUUUAUGGGAUGGCAAACACGUGGUUCUUCUAAUUUGCCUAUCACAAUGGAAUGAGAUUUGCACUGAAAGCAUAUCCCAACAUCUAAACAGCAGUAUUAUCAAAGAUCAAAUUGGUGACUAUGGUGUUGCUUGACCAGCCAACUCAUUUUAGGGCCAUCUUGUGGCAUAACACAGAAUGGGUUGACCUAGUAGUUGAAGCAUUUUCAGGCUGUGGUUGCUCCCAUGAUGGUGAUUCAUUGUAGAUUUGAUUGAAUGAUUCCGCGUUGAUGCUUUCAUCCUUUAUCUGUGAAAAACCCCAACAUGGCAUGGACCCUCCUCUCAGGAAACUCAGAGAAACUCCCAGUGAAAAUGAUCUCAAUUCUUCAAUUGACUAUAUAUCCUAAAUGUGUUUUCAUCUUGAAUUUUUUGCAUGUUACUUUUGAGUAUUUCACAAAUCAGCAUAUAUUUUAAACCUUGGUGUCAAAAGAAUUGGACAGAUGUCUUUUAGAAACUAGUAGUCCAAAAGUUCUCAGCUUUUGAACGUAGCCGUCCAUUUAAUGAACUUGUUAUCUGUAAUGGGUCACAAAUGUUAUCUUUUCACUAAAUUUCCAGUCGCGUCUCGAGCUGGUUUGUUUUAAUGUGAGUGAUAUCUGGAUGAGUUUGCUGGUGUGUUAAGGAAACACUAAUGAACUUUUAAACUGAUGCAGCACAGACUAGAUAACAUGGUUCUGCUACCUUAAAGCGGUACUUUGGUCUAGCUGCAUUAGUUAUUCAUCGCAGCAUCGAAGUUACUGUUAAAUGCAAGUUUUUGCCUGUGACAAUGGGUCAAAACACAAGUUGCAUGCCCCUAAACACUGUAGCUGUUGAACCAUAAGAUGUGUUUUGCUUUUUGUUUUUUGUUUUUUAGUGAAUGAAUGCCAUGUUAUCCUGACAGUGUUGCAACUCUUUUGAGUUGAUUCAUUUUAUACUGAAAAAUGCGAUAUGCAUGUUUUCCCAAGUUUUGUUUCAAACAAAAUGCUAGCUUAGUUUUUUUUUUUACGCAUUUACAUAGAUACACUACGAUAGCCUGUUUGCCAAAUUUGAUACAAUAAUGUGAUACACAAAACAUUUCUCAUGAAAUUGAACAUUUUAUUUUUAAGGAAAAGAUAAUUGGAAAUUCUAGGACCCUUGUGAAGGCAGUUGAAUGUAUAUCUUUGUACAAAACUAUUUUAGUUCCAAGGAUACGGUAGUUACAGUUAGACGUAAAGGAAGAAAAUAACCUUUUUAUAAAUCUUUUGUAUUAGAACAUUAACAAUGGUAAUUUUGUAUAUAUAAGAGGCUAGGCUUUCUGAUUAGCAGAAAGGUCAAACAUUCCUACAUUUUUUUUAAAUGUAUGUUUGUCAAAUCAUUACAUAAACAUGCGCAAUGUUUUAUGUGCCUUUUAUUUGGGUUGUCUGAAUAAAAGAAAACUAUUA